AUGGGAAAACAACAAGCUAGCAACCACCUUGGACGUAAUCAGAAAAAGUUUUCACAACCUUCUCGACGGAAGGAAUAUGGUUAUGUGACAGUUCUUCAGGAAACAAGGGGGAUGCAUUUACGAAUGUGGACCAACGAUAGCUUGGAGUUUGGAUUUGUAUAUCUCCUCAAUGUUGAUUCUUCGACGAUUUUGAAGAAUCUUAGACCAGAAGGGAAGGUGUAUAAUCAACAAGAGAAUGCGCAAAUGACCAAAAAUUUUGUGUCCAAGCUGUCAAAAGAUUGGAUUCUUUUAGGCCAAUACGUUAACCAAGGACCCAAGCUUUUAGCAUAUGCUAUGUUUCUCCAAUUAUGGCCAUAUCUUUGGGCACCUACGACCUUCCCUUUGUUCCCUUCAAGUUCUAAAGGUCCCAAGAGGUGGGAACCGUAUUUUCUUCCCACCAAGCAAAAGUAUCAAGUGCGUAAACAUUACUCAUCAACUAUGACUAAUGAGAUUUCGCCAUGUGUCCCACUUCAGCUAUCAAAAUCGAAAACUAACGGCGAACUGGAGAGCAAAUUGAUGGAGGAAUUAACGGAGAGGAAAAAGGCCAAAUGUGUUGGGAGUUGUAUGCUUGAGUAA